CCCGGUCAGGAAAGCGGGUGAGACCUGAGGCGGAUGUGACGUCACGGCAUAGGCUGUCUCCCUCAUUGUCGAAGGGACAGGUGACAGCUAAGGGCUGGCUGGCAGCACGUUUACUCUGUGCGCCUCAUUCAUUUAACGUGUAGUUUGGUUUUGACCCCACCACCAGAGCCCCCAUGGAUGACCUGACCCGAGCCCUCUCGACCAGCUUUGCUGUGUCCAAGGAGCCCAACAGUACGGCUGCUCCGCACCCUCGGCUGUCCCAGUACAAGAGCAAAUUCAGCGUGCUGGAGCAGAGCGAGCGGCGACGGCGCUUCCUUGAGCUGCAGAAAAUUAAAAGGUUCAACUACGUUGACCACGUGCGGCAUCUGGCCACUGGCGACUGGACGGGGGCAGACGACGAUGGGGAGCAGGACAUGGAGAAGCCGGAGGUGGAUGAAGAGGAAGGCAAGCGGGAACUUGAUGGCACCGUCGAGGAAGAAGAGAUGGAGAUUGAAAGACGGAAGCUGCCAAAACAUUACGCCAACCAGCUCAUGCUGUCAGAGUGGCUGGUGGAUGUCCCAGCAGAGCUGGACUCUGAUUGGCUGAUGGUGGUCUGUCCCGUUGGAAAAAGAUCCCUCAUCGUCGCCUCCAAGGGUUCUACUGCGGCGUACACGAAAAGUGGCUACUGCGUGAACCGUUUCCCCUCCUUGCUGCCCGGUGGAAACCGCCAUAACUCAGCCAUGGGAAAAGACUACACCAUCCUGGACUGCAUUUACAGCGAGGCGGACAGAACCUUCUACAUCUUGGACGUUAUGUGCUGGAGAGGCCACCCGGUCUACGACUGUCCGACCGAUUUCCGUUUCUACUGGCUCCAGUCCAAAGUGCAAGAGACGGACGGCUUGGCGGAGAUUGCCAAACGCAACCCUUUCCGCUUCGUGAGCCUCCAGAGCAGCGAAUGCACGGCGGCGUCCAUCCACAAGGCCCUGGCAGCCGAAUACAGCUUCAGCGUGGACGGCCUUCUGUUCUACCACCAGCAGACCCACUACAUGCCUGGCAGCACCCCGCUGGUGGGCUGGCUGCGCCCCUACAUGGUCGCUGACAUCCUGGGCCUGGAGGUCCCCCCGGGACCGCUCACCGCUAAGCCCGACUACGCCAGUCACCAGCUGCAGCAGAUCCGGGAACACAAGAAGACCUCCGGCGAGGUGCGGCCAGCCAGCAGGGACGGCGGCUACGAGCUGGAGCACCUGUCCACGCCCACCCAGGACAACGGCGGCAACCACAGACACAUCCGGGAAGCGCAAAUGGAGGACUGAUGUGAUCACGCAUCGCUCCAGUGUUUUAUUUAGAACUUCUCGGAAAUUUCUGCAAAU